CAUAGAAAUGAUUUUAAGAAAUGUCAUUAUAAAAAUGGAAAUACAAAAAAAUUUGAGGAAAAAAGAACUGAUAAUGACAAUACAUCAAAGUCUAGAAUAUUGCUUGAUAUUUGUGAAUCUGAAGACAAGACUAUUGAUCAGUUUUUGGAUGAGUUGUGCACAAAUCUCUAUGAACACAAUAAGAUUUUAAUGUUAUCUGUAAUAUCCAAAAUUGACAGGAAAAUCAUUCUUGAAAAAUAUAAGAAAACUUGUUUAAUAGAAGCUAAUGGUGGCCAAAUGAUAAAGAAUGGUAACCGUAGACGAACAUCUGGAGGAAUAUUUUUUAAUUUAAUUAAAGAAGAUAAAUCAAUUCCAAAUUCAGCAAAAAAAGACCUAUUUAGCUGUCCUCAGAACGAAGAGAUGAAAAAGAAAAAGAAGCGUGAAAAAAUGAAACGUAAAAAAGAAAAAUUAAGAAAAAUGAUAGCUCAGGAUGAUAACAAAGUGGAUAUUUUGAAAACAUUAAAUGAAGAACUAGAAACAUUAUCAUCAAAUUGCACUAUUGAAAAUGAAGAGUUAUCAGAUUAAUUAUUUCCGAUUAAUUGUUUAUAGAUAUGAUUCCUAAAAUGAAAAAUAAUUUGUUUUUUCAUGAACAUAAUAAUAUGUGAACUAUUAAUUUUUUCAAAAAAUUUAAAGUUGAGAAAAAAAUCUAUUCUUUGUACUAAAUUUACUUUGUUUAAUAAAUAACAUUAUAUACAUUUAUUAAUUGUAGUAGAAUUUUUAGAAUGAUUAUGUUAGCUCAAUAAAUAAGUUUUUGUGGA